AUGGGCCCCAAACCCCGAGAGGCCCCCGGGAUGGCGUGCAGCGCGUGUUACUACCUGGUCAUCAGCUCUACGCACCUGAGCAAUGGACACUUCAGACGCGUAAAGGGGGUCUUCAGAGGACCACUGUGCCCAACUGCUACCAGUGAUUCACCGGAGCGUGCAGAGGGGGCUUUGGGCUGCUCAUCGGAGGAUUUGAAGUCUCUUUUCUAUUGUGAGCUGUGUGACAAGCAGUACCUCAGACACCAGGAGUUUGACAACCACAUCAACUCCUACGACCAUGCACACAAACAGAAAUAG